GGGCCGGGUGAAUGGGAUUGAAGAAGAGUUCAGCUUCUCGGCUUGUUUUUGUGUCACAGUUUCUCUUCUCCUGCGCCUCUUCUGCUUCGUUCCUUUCUUCCGGCCUGUCCCCUCCUCCCCGCUGCAGGAGGAGCCCCCCGGGGAGAGGGGAAGGAAAAGGACCCCUCAGAGGAGAGAGAAGAGGAAAGCAGGAGGAGGAGGAGGAGGAGGUGGAAGAGGAGGAGGAGGAGGAAAAGGGAGCAACCAACCAACCAACCAUCUUCCACUCCCAGCUUAGAUUAAAGAAAGUGAGAGGAGGAGGAGGAGAGAGGAGCCAAGAAGAGGGGGACAGGGAGGCCCAGAAGAGCAGCUGCACCACCGUCUCCCUAUGAAGAGGAGUCCUUUCCCCUCAAAGAGGUCCUGCAAGGGGGACCCCAGCCAGACAUCAGCAGCAACAUCACCACCACCAGCAGGGGGGGCUAAGGAGCUGAAGCUAAUACUUGUUUUCUAAAACUGCAAUAGUGUAAAGAAGAGAAGAUUUCCUUAACUCAGAAGCAAGUGUCUGAAGGUGGUCGGGAUUUAGUAACCUCGACAGCUCAAAGUGGAUAAGGUAGAGAAUGGAGCUGCAGACUCUACAGGAGGCUCUGAAAGUGGAAAUUCAGGUUCACCAGAAACUGGUUGCCCAAAUGAAGCAGGAUCCACAGAAUGCUGAUCUGAAGAAGCAGCUUCAUGAACUCCAAGCCAAAAUCACAGCUUUGAGUGAGAAACAGAAAAGAGUGGUUGAACAGCUGCGGAAGAAUUUGAUGGUAAAGCAGGAACAGCCAGAUAGUAAGUUUCAAAUACAACCAUUGGCACAGUCAGAAAAUAAAAUACAAACGCCACAGCCACUACAGCUACAGCAGCAGCAGACCACUGCACCCUCUCCAAACCUGCUGGGAUCGCAGAAGACUGUAACUACAGCUUCUAUGAUCACCGCUAAGACACUACCUCUCGUCUUGAAAGCAGCAACAGCAACCAUGCCUGCCUCUGUUGUAGGUCAAAGACCUACAAUUGCCAUGGUGACUGCCAUCAACAGCAGCCAGAAAACUGUCCUUAGCACUGAUGCACAGAACACACCAGUCAACCUCCAGACAACAAAUAAAGUCACUGGUCCAGGAACAGAGGCAGUCCAAAUAGUGGCAAAAAAUACAGUCACGUUGCAGGUUCAAGCUACGCCUCCUCAGCCCAUCAAAGUGCCACAGUUCAUCCCUCCUCCCAGACUCACACCUCGUCCAAAUUUCCUUCCACAGGUUCGGCCUAAACCAGUUGCCCAGAAUAACAUCCCUAUAGCCCCAGCCCCACCUCCUCCUAUGCUUGCUGCUCCUCAGCUUAUUCAGAGGCCUGUGAUGCUGACGACGAAGUUCACAUCCACCUCCUUACCCUCCUCACAGAAUUCCAUACACCCAGUCCGUGUUGUGAAUGGGCAAACAGCAACCAUAGCCAAAACUUUUCCAGUGGCACAACUCACCAGCAUUGUUAUAGCAGCCCCAGGUACCAGGCUUGCUGGACCUCAAACUCUACAGAUCAGCAAACCAAAUGUUGAGAAACAGACUAUCAAGCCCCAAGCAGAAACAGAGGAGAAGCCAACAGAAAUUCAUAUUGUUACCCCUCCUGCACCACCCAAGCCAAAACGAGAAGAAAAUCCACAGAAACUUGCCUUCAUGGUAUCUCUUGGACUGGUUACACAUGACCAUCUAGAAGAAAUACAAAGUAAGAGACAAGAGAGAAAACGAAGAACAACAGCAAAUCCAGUGUACAGCGGAGCUGUUUUUGAGCCUGAGCGCAAGAAGAGCGCAGUCACAUACCUGAAUAGCACAAUGCAUCCUGGGACACGUAAACGAGGUCGUCCACCUAAAUACAACACGGUGCUGGGGUUUGGGGCUCUGACCCCCACAUCCCCUCUGUCCAGUCAUCCUGACUCCCCAGAAAAUGAAAAGACAGAGACCACAUUUACUUUCCCCGCAACUGUUCAACCUGUGUCCCUGCCCAGCCCCAGCUCCGCAGACGGUGAUAUCCACGAAGACUUUUGCAGUGUGUGCAGAAAAAGUGGGCAGUUGUUGAUGUGUGACACGUGCUCACGUGUGUAUCACUUGGACUGUCUGGACCCACCUCUGAAAACUAUUCCCAAGGGCAUGUGGAUCUGUCCCAAAUGUCAAGACCAGAUGCUAAAGAAAGAAGAAGCAAUUCCAUGGCCAGGGACUUUAGCAAUUGUUCAUUCGUAUAUUGCAUACAAAACAGCAAAAGAAGAGGAAAAACAGAAAUUACUGAAAUGGAGUUCAGAUCUAAAACAGGAAAGGGAACAGCUAGAACAGAAAGUCAAACAACUCAGCAAUUCUAUAACAAAAUGUAUGGAAAUGAAGAACACCAUCCUGGCAAAACAGAAGGAAAUGCACAGUUCAUUGGAGAAGGUAAAACAGUUAAUCCGCCUCAUCCAAGGCAUCAACCUUUCAAAAUCCAUAAACUCGGAGGGCAGUUCAGUGGCCAUCUCCAACGGCAUGGACUCCGCCAAUAAUGCGAAUGCUGCCACCUCCACCCCCACCUCUUCCCCCGCCCAGAGCUGCAUGGUGAACUGUAACAAGGGCAAUGAGACUAAAUAACAGAGCACAGUAAGAAGGAACCGGGGGAGAUGGCGGCAGGGAGGAUGAGCAAAACAAUAAAAACUCUCUAGGAAAGCAAAGCUGGAUUUCUUCUGGAAAGCGCAGAACUCUUUGGUUCCAGAAAGAGCGCGAAGAGGCUUGUGCCGGGCGGCACCAGAGUUGCCAAUCGAUCCUUCUUAUUCUGUGUGUACAUGCAAAGUUUGGACCAUGUUACAUGAAUAGUGCCAGCUGGAGGUUCUUAGCCAGCACCAUGCCAAGUUAAAUAAUAUAUUUACUCUCUCUAUAUUUUACACCAGUGUGUGCCUGCAGCAGCCUCCACAGCCACUAUAGGUUUGUUUUAUUUUUAUUUGGGGGUGGGGAGCAGGGAGGAGGAGCAGGUUUCGAAUCUUAUCUGCAAACCAGUUUGUUUAGCGAGGGAAACUUCAAGUCCAAAGAGCCUGUGGGCUUAUCCUGUUUCUAAAUUCUCCGAACUACUAAACCAAAAAUCCAGAAAUAUGAAUUAACAAGACCUAGGUCCAGGAGGGUGGGGUGGGGGUGGGUGACGGGAUCAAGCCUAUCCAAUAAGCAGUAUUCACUAUUGUUUUGACAGGAGACACAAUAAAGAAUGAGGGAAGGAUUUUUCACUUAUACAGCAGGCUGGAGAUUACUAGACUGGCAGCUUUGGGUUAACCUCUGUUUUUUCAAAUACACAACUGAAAUGCAUUGCUGAUUUGGUCAUUGAAUUGACCCAGGAAGCUUUUGCUGAGGAAGAGAGAGAGGCAGCAGGGACUAAUGGGGAUCAGCCUGGAUUUUUGGGAAGCGGCUCAAGACUGAAAAGAAAAUCCCGAGUUUUUUUGUUUGUACAUUUGUCAAGCAAAAACAAUAUCCCAAACAGUACAGCACAUGUCCCAAACGUAUUGCCCAAAUAGUUAAAAUGCCUGUUUCCUUGGUUUCCUUUCUCUUUUGGUUACAAAUGUAAGGAAUAGAAAAAAAAAACCUGUUUUUUUCAGGCUGACAGUCCAAUUAAAGAGGUAGAUGGGACCUUGCAUGGUAUAGAUUAGAAGUAAUAGUGUCAGUGAGAUACAGUGAGUCUUUGUGAGUCCGUGUGUCAUCGUUUUGGGCACUGUUUUUUAUGCAAGGGCAAAAUCUUUGUAUCUGGGGGAAAAAAACAACUUUUUUUAAAUUAAAAAGAAAAAAAGAUAUUGAGGUCUUCCUAGUGUUACUUAAAAUAAGAUCAAGGUAAGAAACAUUGUAAAAAUUACAAAAGUGCUAUUUGUUUCCUAAACAAGUGAUUUCUAUUAAAAAGGUGUCAGAACUGGAGAAAAUGCUGUGUACUUAGAAUUUUUUAACACAGAUUUUGCUUAUGAUAUUGCCAUUCUGCUGUGUUUCUGUUUGAAAAUGCCUGGGGGUAGGUGUCCAGAGAUUGUCAUGCCAUUCAAAUAGCCUGCAAGUUUAAACUGUAUCCAAUCUGCAACCCUUCCUUCAACUGGGGGAAUCUCUCCUCUGUUACUUCUCUUAAUUAUCUCAUGUGCUGAAAAGCAUUGGCAGCAUUAAAACACCUUUUAUUCUAUUGCAAUACCACACCUGGACUACUAAGACCGUGAACAUGGAGUUUCAUGUUGCAUUUGCUUCUGGGUAGCUCAGCUUGUCUUAUCUUCUGGGACAAAUUGUCAUAGUAAUUUCAUGCUAUAAAAAUGCUGAUGCUGGACAUCAAAUGAGUAUCUGAAAGUUUUGUAUAUAAGUGCAGUCAGCCAACCUUUUAUAGCCAUUUAUAUCAGUGGCAGCACUUGUCUGGCCAUAACUCAUCGCAGACUUGGCCCCAGCAUUAUCCAGGUACAUGCAAGCAGAACUCUUCUUUCAGCCUACAAGUGAUGAUAAUGACAUGUUUUCACUAUUCUCUGUUGAAGAACUAUGCAUCCUAAUGCACUUUAUUUACAUACUCAUCUGAAUUUUAUUGCUGUCAUACCCAUAUUAUUGCAGCAGUUUCAUUGCUUUUUUUUCAGUCUCCAUUCUUGUCCCUCAAGGACUCUUCCAGCUCCAACAGCACUAAGUUAUUCUUGCUGUCCAGCGGCUGAUCUUGUAUUCUUAUACUUAAAAGUUGAAGCGUAAGGAUUCUUGUCAAAAAGUCAGGCCUUGCUGUCAACUGUCGGUACGUUGUAGUGAAGUUAGUACAUUUCUAAGGACCAGAUAUCACUAGUCAGCAGACGGCAGCCAGUCAUGCACAGUGCAAACAACUUGUUUUACAAUGAUGCACAGAGCAAAAUAUAAUUGGACCACCAGUUUGACAUUGUACCCCAUACCAGGCCAAAUGCAGCCCACCAGAUUCUUAAUAAAACUCCUGGUAUUGUUGCCUGCCUGGGAGUAUAAUAAAUUUGGUGAUGGGUUGUGUUUGGGUUGCUGGGUCACAAGAUGUGCAGGACCAGAUCAAGACACUUUUGAGGACAAUGGAUGAAAAUACAUAAGCCCUCACACUGCAAGGUGCAGGAAGAAGCCCGUUAUCUUUUGCAGGUUGAACAUCUGUUGGCCACUGAUCUAUGCAGGUGGAUGAGAUGUUUUAUUUUUGUUGUUCCCUUCUGCAAGUGGCCCUUCCUUCCCCUCACUGUAUCCUUGUAUUCCUUUUCUUGCCCUCCUGGGAGCAUUACUUCAUUUAGGAUGGCCAAACAUUCAUGGAUUUGGGAAGUGGCCAUGAUGACCUCUUAGCCUAUGAUGUAAAGUGAGCAGAACUCAUUUCAUAAUAAACAUCGAGCAGCAGCCAAAAACAGUGGGCCCCUGUUGAAUUCUUCCCCUCUUUUGCAUGUAGUAAAUCUUGUAUAAUGCAAUUACAUCAAGUCAUGGUAAGUUCUGCUACGCAUUGCAUACUGGGCAAGAACUCAGUCAGAAGCUGCUAUUUUGAGGGGCAGCCCUUUGUUUAUCAGGAGGAAUAGUUUUGCUCUAAGAAGAUGGGGAUUGCCUGCUACCUUUCACUUUUAAACUUUUAAAAAAUGUUGCCUCAGCAAAGAAGCAUUAAUAUGCUUUCUUUAUGGCCUCACAAGGAGUUCCUUUAUGUCUUUUCCCCUUCAUAAGGGAAAAUGCUGGGGUCUAACUUUUCAUUGUAACAAGUCUCCCAAGUGUUGGGAAACUGCUUUGGAUUUAUCCCGGAUCAUCUGUCUCCUUUUGUGUCUUUGGCUUCCCCUGCCUAGUAACAUCACUAAUAUAACUUUGCUGAGCCUGCAGCAUUGCAGUGAUCACCCAUUAUUAUUUUUAAGUAGCAAAAGCACACAAUGCUAUUCUCUAACCUGUCCACCAUUUUGUGACCUUUAACUUUGUAAUUGCUCUGUUACUCUGUGCAUCCCUGAGCUGGAAUCACAGCCAGCUAGGUUUAAGAGAGAAAAGGAGAACUAAUCAGCAAGGCUAUUCCCCCUUUCUGUGGGUGUCAUGCAGAUGGAAUAUUGUUGCUGGAUUCAACUUGUAGAAAUCCAGCACAAAGGAUAAAAAAACUUUGGGCAUGUUUUGUCUGGUUGUGUGGAAUGGGUGAACACGUGAUUUGCUGAACAGGAAAGCUCUGGUGUGUAAAGCUCCGUAGUGUAUUUCUAAUUUUCUCUUACCUUGAGAAUUGUGCUCGGAAUGUAGGGGAGCCACAGGGCAUUUGUGUAUCAGGAUAAGACACAGCCUUUCUUGUUGGAUAACAGAUUACCAUCCUAACUGAUUUUGUUAGAUUUGUCAGUACUCUGUUGCAAAAAUUACUAGGGUUGUGUCAAUGCCAGGAAUGAGCCAGAGAAAUACAUAUUUCAGAAUCGCUAGUACUUAUGAGAGUAUAUUUGAGUUCCUAGUACCGGAGCUGAAGACUGAUUAGUUGCUUGCAAUUAGCCUGGCUCAUUUCCCCCUCUCCUAAACAUUCUGCAGCUCUGCCCACUGCCACAUUGGCUUGUUUCGGGCAUGCUGAGUGAAGUGCGUGCUUUCUUCUAAACAUGUGCUGGUGCUGCAAAUCUUGGAAUUGGCUGUGCAUAUUUGAGGGUUCAUCUGGAAGUUUUAAUUUAGUUACCUGCAAUGUGAAGAUUGAAAUAAUGGAUCGUGUGGGCAGACCCACUUGGGAGAAUUGCAGUUGUGCAACACUCUGUUAAGGUUUGGGGCGUUUGCAUUAAGCAUAGUCCAUGCAUUUAUUAGUGCAAAUUACAAAGUAGUAGAUUGUGGUUGCAUAAGUACCUCAGAUCUGCGAUGUCUUGAGGCCCAACAACACAAUUCUUCUUUGUUGGUGCAGCACUGUGUACUACAUUAACUUUUACUGUUUUUAUUCCACUUCUUUCAAGGCAUUUAAUUCUGAUUAUCAUUAACUCGUCCCUUAAAUCCACCUAAAAUGUGAUCACAAGUAAGGCAUUUCCAUAGUUACCCUGUCCUUUAUUUCUCCUUUGAAGUUUCUGGAUUGGAUCCUGAUUUAUUCUAGAUCAACUGCACUUUCCUGCCCCCUCCAGAAAAUGCUAUAGAGAGUCAGGAGACCCUGCUGAAUGGGGUGAGCUGUGGCAUGGGGGAAUCCCUAAGGAUGGGGCAGAGGGACAUUCCACAAGCAUAGGCCCUUGUUCUUGCAGAAGACAGAUGUUGAAUCCAACCUUGUCUUAGUUUUGUGCCCUUAAUCCAGCACUG